UAGUGGCUCCUGGAAGAGGAACAAGUGUGGGAAAAGAGAGAGGAAAUCGGAGCUAAAUGACAGGAUGCAGGCGACUUGAGACACAAAAAGAGAAGCAUUUCUCUCGGAUCAAGGCAUUGCCUCGCAGCUCUCCUUUCUCCAAAGACGGGCUGAGGAUUUUACGGCUCUAGGCGGAGUUGAAGCUCUUCAGAUUGUUUAGAUUCCCCGCUUUGCUCUGUUCUCCCCGUACGUUCUCGUCCUCCCGCGUCUGCCUGGGGAUCCGGCGAAGGGAGAAUGGAGAGGGGGCUGCCGCUCCUCUGCGCCGCGCUCGCCGUCGCCCUCGCCCCGGCCAGCGCUUUUCGAAACGAUAAAUGUGGUGAUACUAUAAAAAUUGAAAGCCCGGGGUACCUUACAUCUCCUGGUUAUCCUCAUUCUUAUCAUCCGAGUGAAAAAUGUGAAUGGCUGAUUCAGGCUCCUGACCCAUACCAGAGAAUUAUGAUCAACUUCAACCCUCACUUUGAUUUGGAGGACAGAGACUGCAAGUAUGACUACGUGGAGGUCAUCGAUGGAGAAAAUGAAAAUGGACGCUUAUGGGGAAAGUUCUGUGGGAAGAUUGCUCCUUCUCCUGUGGUGUCUUCAGGGCCAUUUCUUUUUAUUAAGUUUGUCUCUGACUAUGAGACACAUGGUGCUGGAUUUUCCAUACGUUAUGAAAUUUUCAAGAGAGGUCCUGAAUGUUCCCAGAAUUACACAGCAGCUAGUGGAGUGAUAAAGUCACCAGGAUUCCCUGAAAAAUAUCCCAACAGCCUUGAAUGCACUUAUAUUAUCUUUGCACCAAAGAUGUCAGAGAUUAUCCUGGAAUUUGAAAGCUUUGACCUGGAGCUUGACUCAAACCCUCCAGGGGGGAUGUUCUGUCGCUAUGACCGGCUAGAAAUCUGGGAUGGAUUCCCUGAAGUUGGCCCUCACAUCGGUCGUUACUGUGGACAGAAGACACCAGGUCGAAUCCGUUCCUCAUCAGGCAUUCUCUCCAUGGUUUUUUAUACUGACAGUGCAAUCGCAAAAGAAGGCUUCUCAGCAAACUACAGUGUCUUGCAGAGUAGUAUCUCAGAAGAUUUCAAAUGUAUGGAAGCCCUGGGCAUGGAAUCAGGGGAGAUUCAUUCUGACCAAAUCACAGCUUCAUCCCAGUAUAGCACCAACUGGUCUGCAGAACGCUCUCGCCUCAACUACCCAGAGAACGGGUGGACUCCCGGAGAGGACUCCUACAAAGAGUGGAUACAGGUAGACUUGGGCCUUCUGCGCUUUGUCACUGCAGUCGGGACACAGGGAGCCAUUUCAAAGGAAACCAAGAAGAAAUAUUACGUCAAGACAUACCGAAUAGACAUUAGCUCCAAUGGGGAAGACUGGAUCACCAUAAAAGAAGGAAAUAAACCUGUCAUCUUUCAGGGAAACACUAACCCCACAGAUGUCGUGUUUGGAGUUUUCCCGAAACCGCUAAUAACUCGAUUUGUCCGAAUCAAACCAGCGACUUGGGAAACUGGCAUAUCUAUGAGGUUUGAAGUCUAUGGCUGCAAGAUAACGGAUUAUCCUUGCUCUGGCAUGUUGGGUAUGGUGUCUGGACUUAUCUCUGACUCCCAGAUAACAGCAUCAAACCAAGGGGACAGAAACUGGAUGCCUGAAAAUAUUCGCCUGGUCACCAGUCGCUCUGGCUGGACACUGCCUCCUGCUCCUCACCCAUACAUAAAUGAGUGGCUCCAAGUGGACCUGGGGGAAGAGAAGAUUGUGAGGGGCAUCAUCAUUCAGGGGGGGAAGCACCGGGAGAACAAGGUAUUCAUGAGGAAAUUCAAGAUCGGAUACAGCAACAAUGGCUCAGACUGGAAAAUGAUCAUGGAUGACAGCAAGCGCAAGGCUAAGUCUUUUGAAGGAAAUAACAACUAUGAUACACCAGAGCUACGGACUUUUCCGCCUCUUUCCACACGAUUCAUCAGGAUCUACCCUGAGAGAGCCACUCAUGGAGGCCUGGGGCUGAGGAUGGAGCUCUUGGGCUGUGAAGUGGAAGGCGGGACCACUGUGCUGAACACAGAAAAACCAACCGUUAUAGACAGCACGAUACAAUCAGAGUUUCCAACAUAUGGUUUUAACUGUGAAUUUGGCUGGGGCUCUCACAAGACAUUCUGUCACUGGGAACAUGACAAUCACGUGCAGCUCAAGUGGAGCGUGUUGACCAGCAAAACUGGACCGAUUCAGGAUCACACAGCAGGAGAUGGCAACUUCAUCUAUUCCCAAGCCGACGAAAACCAGAAGGGCAAAGUGGCUCGUCUGGUGAGCCCCGUGGUUUAUUCCCAGAACUCUGCCCACUGUAUGACCUUCUGGUAUCACAUGUCUGGCUCACACGUGGGCACGCUGCGGGUCAAACUGCACUACCAGAAGCCAGAAGAGUAUGACCAGUUAGUCUGGAUGGCCAUCGGACACCAAGGAGACCACUGGAAGGAAGGGCGUGUCCUGCUCCACAAGUCUCUGAAGCUUUAUCAGGUGAUUUUUGAAGGCGAAAUCGGAAAAGGAAACCUUGGCGGGAUUGCAGUGGAUGACAUUAGUAUUAAUAACCACAUUUCACAAGAGGACUGUGCAAAACCGGCAGACCUGGAUAAAAGGAACCCAGAAAAUAAAAUUGAUGAAACAGGGAGCACCCCAGGCUAUGAAGCCACAGGAGAAGGCGAGGAGAACAUCUCCAGGAAGCCGGGCAACGUGUUGAAGACCUUGGACCCCAUCCUCAUUACCAUCAUAGCCAUGAGCGCCCUGGGUGUCCUCCUGGGUGCCGUGUGUGGGGUCGUGCUGUACUGUGCCUGUUGGCACAACGGGAUGUCUGAAAGAAACUUAUCCGCUCUGGAGAACUAUAACUUCGAACUCGUGGAUGGUGUGAAGUUGAAAAAGGACAAACUGAAUACACAGAGUACUUAUUCGGAGGCAUGAAAGCAGACAGAUGAAAAGACGAGUCAGAGAAUUGAAGGGGAAGGAUGUAACUUGAACGUGCUGGGGAACCUGUUUGUUGAUCUCUCUCACUGUACAGGCUGGGAAGUGCGUUGAUGACACUGAGCCAGGCUUUUCUCAGGAGCAUCCAUGAGUACGGCCGACAGACAUGAACAAGUUAGCUGUGUUCGCAAUCAGAAUCAUGUACAGUCAGCUUUUUUCUGUUUGGUUUCAUUUUGAAUAAUCCAAUGCUGGUGUUGAGACCAAGUAUGAAUGACUUAAUGAUUCAUUUCGACUCUCCCUCCCCAUUCUCUCUCCUCUUCCUUUUAUGGAUUCUUUUCGGAAACUGUGCAAAAUCCAAGAUGCUGGCACCAAGUGUAUUCAGCGGGGCCCUUUUGAUGGACAUGCUACCUGUAGCCCAGUGCCCAGAAUAUAUUAGAAUAACCGCCCUUCAGUGGACGCCUGAAGCUGUACUUGUGUAUAAUUGCCCGCGUUGUGCAUAGGCAGAGAACGAUUAGGAUGUUUUAUGUUAAAGUGCUGUAGCCUCAGUACCAGUAUAGUGUGUCAGCUCUGUUUACAAAGCAAUACCGUCAAAUUUUCUUGAUGUUUUCCAGUGUUGUACUAAACCUCGUGCUUGUGAACUCCAUACAGGAAACUGUGCCAUCACCAAACACUGCUGGCAACUGGGUAUGCUGCCGACAACCGCAACGAAAAAUCCUUGGCACUGGCUAGUCUAUGUCCUCUCAAGUGCCUUUUUGUUUGUACUGGUUCUCAUUGUGUUACAUUAACAACCCGCUCUGUUUCUCGCUGGUGAAAGCCCUUCUCUUGAAUCAAACCCUGGUGGCCCACUGACUAAGAAGAAAGUAUAUUUUAGUGUGAGAUGUCAGCCCCCGGGAAGGCAAGGGCUCCGAAGAUUUGGCGAUGUGGCUUAAUUGUUCUGCUUUUCCGUAGUUCAAUUUCAUGUCUCUUGACCCUUUUGUAUAAAGCUGCAAUAUCCUCUCUUAUUGGUCUUUCAUAUGGAAUGUAUUUUCAAAUGUAAACUCUUUCUCUCCUCUCUCUCUCUGUCUCUCUCUCUCUCUCUCUCUCUGUCUUUUUUCUCUCUUAGAAUUUAAGCAUUUGCCAUUGUCCAGAAAAGAAACUUGCAGCUUUAACCUGCUGGUAAUGGCAAGCAAUUUUGCUAGACUUUAUGUUUAAAAAUAAAUAAAUAAGGGAAAUUCCUAACUUUGCCCUCCAAAGUCUAACUUUGGUUUUCUUGUUAACUGGUUAAAGUGACAGUAUCUUUUUUCCUUAAGUCAUUUGUCUGUCUGUCCCAAUCAAAAUGAUCUGAGAUAGAAAUAUUUGCAUUUAAUAGAGUGAGAAGCUGAGGGAAGAAGUAAUACUAAUUGGCUUUCAAGUGAGACCCGAAGGAAGGACUGAAUACAAUUCUCCAAAUAUCCAAAACCAUGAGGUUUUUACAUCCUAAUAUGCAACAUGACCCUUGAGAACCUUUUGUUUUGCUAUUGAAUCAGACAAGGGAAGGGGAAGAAAGAACAGUUAAUUUAAGAAAGUGACUAUAAAUCCUGGUGCCUGGGGUGAAGUAUUUUAAGAUAAGAUGGGGAAAGAAAACAAGUAAAGUCAAAACAAAUCUUUAAAAACAUCCAUUCAGCAGCAACCCUGAAAAAACAGAGACUUGAAUGAAUGCACCUAGAAACUUCCAGAGGCUCACAAAGAAAAAGCCUGCCUUGGGGCCGGUAAAACGGAAGCCUAGGGCAACAGCACAGGGACAGGAAUAGCUUAUCAGACGGCAUCCAAAUUAAUCCAGAGAAACUGUGGUCGUUUUCAGUGUAUUUGUAUCAAGCCACGGGGUGCGGAAAGAGCUUUUACAUUGUCCUCCCUACACAGCUCUAGGUCCCAUUCAAAUGCAUUUUCGAGAGUCACAUUUGCAUCAUGGGUGGGUCAGUCCAUUCAUCUUGGUUUAAUUGGAUUAUGAAUGCCUUUUGUUUCCAGGAAAGUAUCGAUCACUAUGAAAACCCGAAUAGAUUUUUAUUCCCAAAGGCAUUCGUUCAGUUGUUAUACAAUCAUACCAGGAUGAAAGCACUAAGACCUUUUUGUCUUCUUUAAGGCAACAGACUUAGAGUUGCCCUUAGCCAAGGAAAAAUGAUACUGCAACUUUAAAUUUUAAAGUAUCUUGCACUGAUAAAUAUAUUUAAAAAUUAUAUGUUUAUAAAGUUAUUAAUUUGUAAAGGCAGUGUUACAAAAUGUUCAGUUUAUAUUGUUUUAGAUUGUUUCGUAAUUUUUAAAGGUGUAAAAUAACCUAUUUUUUCUUUAUUGAAAUCUAUAAAACUUUCUGUAGUAAAAUGUUUUCAUUUUACUGGUAUAUGAUUGCUUCAUGUUUUGUACCAUCAUAAAAUUUUGUGCAAAUUUUUUUUACAGAAAUUUUUAUUUUCUAUGACAAUAUGACGCUUGUAAAUUGUUGUUUCAAAAUGAACAGCGAAGCCUUAACUUUCAAUGACAUUUGUAUUCUCAGACACCGAGUAGCAUAAAAACCACAUAGAACUGAACUGUAACUUAGAUUCCAAACUAUGACUACUACAUUCCAAAGAAACAGUUGAAUUAAACAUUUUCAUAAAACACCCACA